UUUCUCAGUUUUUGGAAUUUUUAUCGUAUUGCAAUACUUUUACCAGAAUAGUACUGAAACAGCAUUUUAUAUUAAAAUUCUGUUAUCGUUUUGAACUUUUCAUUCAUUUAGUUUAUCACAAAAUGAAUCUAAUUGAUGAAAUGAUGAAAGAUUUAGAAGUUGGAUCUCAUGCAAUGAAGUCCCAAAUGAACUCUAUUUCGGAAAUAAUGGAUAAAUCAAAUAAAAUUUUACUAAAAAUGAAGACUGUGCGUUCAGGAAAAAACAACUCAAAUAAACAACGCAGCAAUCUGGUUAAGGUAGAAUUUACAGCAGCCAGCAUGUUGGCUCUCGCAAAAAUUAUUAGGUUUUCCAAGCAAUGCGCCGCGUUAACUAAUGAAAAUGGAGUAAGUUUUGAGGAAUACCUAAAGUGCCAAAAAGAAAGACUUGAUUUUUUGGGCGGUGCCGUGAGAGAAUUGUUGGCGAUUGGUGAAGCCACAACUUUUAUGAAAGCCAAUUUGGUAUCAAUCGCUAACACUUGUUAUGAUGAAAAUAGCAAUGAUGACAGUCUAACAAGCGAAUAAAAUGAUUACAUUAAGUAAAAACCUUUUUUGUAC